GAUUCGUUCAUGAAUCUCACUCGCAUCGCUAGCAGGAGGCGUCCAGAGCGGCUGUGUCACUCGGAAGGAAACAUCUCCGGCAGGGAUUCUGUGUUUUUUUUAUAGGGCUCAAGAAAAACCUAGCGACAUCCUUACAGACAUUUUAAAGACAGAUGCAUGAAUUAUUUGCGGUUUAUCGAAUCUAGAUCAGUAUUCAGGGACUGAUGCGGCCAUGGCAAGUCUCGGUGUCAGCUUUAUCGAUACCCGCCUGCAACAUCUGAAGGAUACAAAGUGAAAGAUAAAUUAUAAUUGAGCAAGUUUAUCAGAUCUCGACAGACUUCAUCAGCGCGCAUGCGAGAUAACAGCUCUGCGCUCUGGAUAUGCUGAUGUGAACUGAUACAGGCUGAAUGUCUGUCCAAGAUAAUGUGAUUUUGUUUUUCAAUAGACAUUUUUCUGUGACAUUAUCAUCGGCGAGUCUAAAACGGGCACCCCUAAUCUGUGCCAUUUGCCUUGUAAAGUGUUUUUAAGCGGCACAUUUGUUGGUUAAUGAGCGGAUAUCUUCAUCUACAAUCAGCUGACCACAUCUGAAUCACUGCAUCAGAAGAGAUAACCUAGAGUCUUCCUUUAUUUGGAUUAAACAGAAGCUAUUCGGAACCCAGAUAUUUAGUCUUGUGUUAAAGGAGCCUAUAAGGAUCGUGGUUGAACAGUAACGGGAUCUUGGAGAUGUCAGGCCGGCCUAGGACCACCUCAUUCGCGGAGAGCUGCAAGCCAGUGCCGCAGCCUUCAGCCUUUGGCAACAUGAAAGUCAGCAGAGAUAAAGAUGGCAGUAAAGUUACAACAGUGGCCGCGACCCCCGGUCAGGGAUCUGACCGACCUCAGGAGGUCAGCUACUCGGACACAAAGGUCAUCGGGAACGGCUCGUUUGGGGUUGUUUAUCAAGCGAAGCUGUGCGAUACCGGAGAGCUGGUGGCCAUAAAGAAGGUGCUGCAGGAUAAAAGGUUUAAGAAUCGUGAGUUACAGAUCAUGAGGAAGUUGGAUCAUUGUAACAUUGUCCGUCUGCGCUACUUCUUCUACUCCAGCGGAGACAAAAAGGAUGAGGUCUAUCUGAAUCUGGUGAUGGACUACGUGCCUGAAAACGUGUACCGAGUGGCCAGACACUACAGCAAAGCCAAACAGAAUCUGCCCAUGGUCUAUGUCAAGCUAUAUAUGUACCAGCUGUUCCGCAGCUUGGCAUAUAUCCACUCGUAUGGGAUCUGCCAUCGAGACAUCAAGCCGCAGAACCUCCUGCUCGACCCAGAGACAGCUGUACUCAAACUCUGUGACUUUGGAAGUGCUAAGCAGCUGGCGCGUGGUGAGCCUAAUGUUUCCUACAUCUGCUCGCGCUACUACAGAGCCCCUGAGCUCAUUUUCCAAACAACACACCACAACCACAGCAAAGACAUUUGGUCGGCGGGAUGUGUACUGGCCGAGCUGCUGCUUGGACAGCCGAUUUUUCCUGGUGACAGUGGUGUCGAUCAGCUCGUUGAAAUCAUCAAGGUGCUGGGAACUCCUACACGAGAGCAGAUCCGGCAGAUGAACCCAAAUUACACUGAAUUCAAGUUUCCACAGAUAAAGGCACACCCGUGGACAAAGGUUUUCCGGCCCCGGACCCCUCCGGAGGCGAUAGCUCUGUGUUCCCGAUUAUUGGAGUACACGCCUACGGCCCGACUCACUCCUCUGGAGGCCUGCGCUCACACUUUCUUCGACGAGCUCCGUGAGCCCAACCUCAAGCUCCCGAAUGGAAGAGAGCGGCCUGUGCUGUUUAAUUUCACUACACAGGAGUUGUCCAGUAACCCCUCGCUGGCCUCCAUACUCAUUCCAGCACAUGCUCAGAACCAGGUGGAAAACUCUUCCCAGUCUGCCUUGGCUGCAACAGGUGCCAACAGCGGUGAUCGUGGUCUGAACACCAACGCUGCCUCUGCCGCCCCCAAUCCUUCAACUUGAACCCCAUCCACCCAUCAAUGAGCCACUUUUACGCUGCUGCUUAUUAGUCACGGCCACUCCCCGGGUCAAUGGCGUGGCUAAAACUAACCGAAAAGCUCAUGAUAUGAUGGAUGCACCAAACCAAACCUUCCCCAGUCAUUGUCUUUGUUUUUUUUAUUAUUAUUGUUUUAUUUAUUGCUCUAAAGGAUGAAUCGAGGGCUCAGAAACACCACCCCAGGAUUAUCUGCAGUGAUUUUUAACAAUUCUCUCUGUCUCUCCUUUUCUCUCUCUAUAUAUACACGUAUAUAAACCGUUACACAUAGAAAUAAGUUUUCAUAUGUCUACUUUGACAUUUUUUAAAGGGAAAUCUGUAUGCUGUAGCCGCUUCUUCUUUUAUAAUUGUCUCGGGUCCCUUCCUUGUCACCUAUGCCUAGAGACUAUGAGCUGACACAGACGGCACAGGUGGGAUUCAAGAAAGCUGGUUUCUUAUUGGUCGAUGCGCCCAAAUUCUGAACGGCAUGGACUGAUUUCCAGGGCUUGUGUACAUUCUGUAAACUAUGUGAAAUAUAUGCUAAUGACUUUUGCCUUUUCCCUCAGUAUUGGGCAGAUAUGUUGUAUGCUUAAGCUGUAUGCUGCUGUGUCCUCUUUGUUUUCCACCACUUUUGGACAAAUUACAUUAUCCAUUUGUUUCCUGCUCGUCUUCCCCUUUCCCAUUGUAUAAUACUUCACUGAACUCUACAGAUGUUGACACACACUUAAUAUUGGAUCAUUUUCUGUGAGUGAGAGUGUGUCUGUGAGCGCAUGCUGUACGUCUUAUGUCUAUAAAUACUGUAUGCUGAUUAGUGAGCUAAAUGAAUUAAGCACGAAUUUAAGGAAAAUGAUAAUCAGGACCUUAAAGGGAUAGUUCACCCAAAAAUUCUGUCAUUAAUUACUCACCCUCAUGUUGUUCCAAACCCGUAAGACCUUCGUUCAUCUUCAGAACCCAAAUUAAGAUAUUUUUGAUGAAAUCCAAGAGC